CAACACUGAAACGUUAGAAUUAGUUUGGCACUCAUUUAAUCAAUUUCUCAAGCCAUGAAAUUAAAUUUACUUACGAUUUUAACUGCUUUGGCCUUUUUGGCUUUACAAGCUAAUGGUCAGGCUUCAACAGAUCCCAUUACUUCCAUUACUUCAGCCGAAGGAACAUCUUCCCCAGCUCCUAGCACUGAGGCACCAACCACUACUGAAGCACCAACUACUGAAACGCCUACUGAAACUACUGCAGCGCCAGAUACUACUGCUGCACCUGUUACCGAAACUCCUACUACAGCUGUACCAGCCACUGAAGCUCCAUCAGCAAGCACAAGGGCACCAUGCAAGCCGGAUCGUCCACAUAGACACCAUGGA